AUGAAUAACGGAUCAAAUAAAAAGUGUAAGACAUUAUAUUAUAUUAGAAGCAAAAACGUUUAUGCUAAUAAUGAAUACGAAAAUAAAUCAGAAAGGAAAAAAGGGCAUGUUUUCAUUAAAGUAAGUGAAGCAAAUGGAAGAAAUUUUCCUUAUAGAAAAAGAAAAAGUGAAAAAAAAAAAAAUUAUGAAUUAAUAUUUCAAAGUUGUCAACAAAGUAAGCUUCCAGUAUGCACUAUAAGAAAUUUUAAGAAAAAAAAAAUAAGAAACACUUGGGAACAAAUAUUAUUAGAAAAAGUUCAUGAUGCAACCAAUAAAAUUAAUGAAAAAGUUCUCUCUCUACUUAAAAUAUGUAUUAUUAAGAUAUAUAAUUUUUCAAGUAAAUUAAAAAUAAAAAAUGAAAAAAUAGUAAGAGAUUCUUUAAAAUAUUUAAAUAUAGAAAAUGAAGAAAUCCAGUCAAAUUAUUCAAAUAUACAAAAUCCUAUAAAUAUUUCCAGAACUCCAAAAAAAAAAUUACGAGAUAACUGCUGUAGAUGUAUUCUUCGUGAUAACAGUGUUUUCAAUUCUGAAAAUUUAAAAAGAGGAUAUUAUGAAAUGAAUAAUACUAACAUUUAUAAGGAAAAUAAUUUUAUGAAAUGCAAAGAUUUACAUGAGUUAUUUAAUGAAAAGACGGAUCACACAAAUAAUAUAUUGAAUAAUUGUGCACAUUUAAAUGAAAAAACCAAUAAGUUCGUUUCAGAAGAUGAACAUAUUGGAAGUAACCUUCGAAAUAUUAGAAAUUUUUAUAUUUCAGUAAUAAACAAAAAUACGAAUACCAAAAAGGUAAGGAAAAUAAGUUUAAUGGAAAUAUGUAAAAAUCCUUAUUUUUUUAUUUCUCAAAAUUUUUUUUCUACUUUAGAAAGUUAUUUAGCAUUAAAUCACUGUCUUUUAUAUAUUAAAAAAAAUCAGGGAGAAAUGUCACAAAUUCAUAAUAAUUUUUUUUCAACAUUAAUAAACGUGGAUGACGUAAAUUUUUUAGAAGAAAAUGUAUCAACAUCAAUAUUAAGGCAUAUCAUUAAAAGAUUAAAUUCAUUAUUUCAAAUACCAACAAAUAACAUUAAUUCUAUUGAAUUUUGUUUAUAUAUAAGAAGUAAUGAUAAAGAAGAGGCUGUGUAUUUUACUGAACAAAAUACUUAUAAAUAUUCUAUUUUAAUUUUUUUAAAUGCUAGAAAUGAUAAUUACAUUGAAUUUCCAAAAAAUGGACUAAGAAUUAUGACUACUAUGGGUAACUGUUUAAUAUAUGAAUGUAAUAAAAAUUCUUUUGGUUCUAAUAUUUUUAAAUUUGAUAUAUCAGAAGAAAAAAUAUUUUUUUUGAAAUUAAACCUGAAAUAUGAUAUAAAUUUACAUCGAUUAUUCAUAAAUGAAGCAAAUACUAAAAAAUAUGUUGAAGAGUUUUCUAAGGAAAGUAUUUUAACAGAAUUAAAUAGAAAUAUGCUAAAAAAUCAAAAUGUACUCUCUAAUAACGAUUUUAUUAAUAACACUUUUAAUACAUACAAUGCAGUUAAUUUUUAUUCAAUGAAUAAUCAUCAUUCGUAUAUAAAAAAACAUAUAGAAAGCAUAAAUGAAAAGUUAAUGGAAAUAAAUAUUAAUCGUAUUAAAAGUGUUACGUCAUUAAAAAAUACAAAUGCUGAUGCAUACUACACUAACCUUUAA